CACUAUUCGAUCUUCUGUUCAUAGCGCAGCUAGUAUUCGAUCUAAGAGUCACUCUGACAAUGUCGAUCCCACUGAACGCCAAAAUCAUCAGUGAGGCGCUGGAAGCUUCUCAAGCUGUUGCUGUUGGCAUCCUUGGCUUCACAAUUCUGGUAUGGGAUCAUGCGAUCACUUUGGCAGAUGAGGUAGAGAUCAUAUGGGGUCGUCCGAAGAAACUCUUGACGUUUUUAUUCUUGCUCAAUCGGUACCUCACACCUAUUGGUUUCAUCGUGAACCUUGUUGCACAUAGCCUGCCUUCUUGGUCGUUCAUAAAGUGCGAGCAUUUCGUUCGGUACGAGGGCGCUAUGACGGCAGUUGGCAUUCAAGUUGCGGGAUUGAUGAUGUUCCUGCGUGUUCGAGCUAUGUACCGCGGCAACAGAUAUGUUGUGAUCCUUGUAGCAUUAUUGUUGUUUGUUUGGGUGGCAGUUGGCGCUUGGCUGUUGUCUCAUGGCGUGGCUGUCCCUCAAUCUUCUUCUAUACAUCCUUGUCGCAUGGAGUUCUCUGAUCGUGUAGGAAGUCUCGCAUCCGCAUGGGCAUGGGUUCCUCUCUGUUAUGACACGGUCGUCUUUGCUUUGACUUUGAACCGAACAUUGCCCUCGAUAAAAAAUAAGGAGGCAGGGCAUAUCAUCUACACGCUAUUCACAAAUGGAGUUUUAUUCUACAGUGUAAUGUGUGCCAUAAACCUCAUCUUUACCAUCAUGAUUGUGAGGGCUCCACAAGGCUUGAAGAAUAUUACUGGACAACUUGAACUUAUAUUAACGGUCGCAAUGAUGUCACGCAUCACCCUCAGCUUAAAGAAGGAGGGCACACGUGGCUCUGCACCACUCAACAUACAUCCUAGAAGCAAAUUUCCAUGCCGCUUCGAUUGUCAAAGGCCUGUCCAAGAUAUCACGAAGCUACAAUCACCAACUUCUAGCUCCCAGACUUCUGCAAUGAGAACAGAACUGUUCGAAUCGCAAGGUCAUGCAGGAGCUCUCGACGGUGAUGUCUCCUCUCAAGGACAGCGAGACAGCGAAGUCUGCACCUGCUUCGCCUGCCCUGCAGUGGCCGAUGCAUUUGACCCUGCGGAUGACGAACGCAGUCGGUACCGGGAGGCAAUAGUUUGAAUAAAAAUUGUCAUACAAACUACUGUAUGACAUAGACCUGCAAAACUUAGCUUUUGCUCCGCCUUCCCCUUAAGUUUAAGCUCGAGAUAUCUUAAGGUCUUUUCCCAGUCACAAACUAAUAGGCGAGUUUACGCAGAUUUACGCAGAUUUUUGUAAUUAUGAGCUAUAUAUUGUUAUAUGUUCUUCUCAGAGAUCCAUCCAUUCACUGAU